ACCAGUUCAACAACUGGCAGAUAAAUCACAAGCGAUUUGCCUCUCAAAUGAGACCACAAUUUAUCAAUUUAUACGGUAGAAUUGAAAUGGACAAGUAGGAAUUUUCACCCCAGCUAGUAAUUUUGUUCCAAAGUUACUGUUAAGGCAUCAUUUUCCUGAUGGUAAUAUUGUAUUCGAAAAACGAGGUAAGUUUUCCGGCAGCAAUAUAGAAGAGGAUAUAUUCCCAUUGUCUACUGUUACUUUCAUAUUAUUUGCAUUUCAUUUGAACGAACCAAUGAGGAAAGUCAGCUUGCACUAGGGCCGGGGGCAACAUUAAACUUGUCGAAGGCAUUAUGUGAGAACUAGCUCCGCCUGAACACAAGUCUGAAGGAUGGUCGAAUACUAGCACUUGCGAGUACUUCUCUGUCGAAAUCAUUACCCAUAACAGCAAAGUAAAAUUUAUGUCAGGGAAAUAAAAUAUUAACCGCACUUGUUCACUGGUUCAGUGAUUGCCUUCAUGAAUAUGUUCAAUUUCGGACACAGCGACCAGAUAUUCGAAUUGGAUAAACAUCGAUGAAUUUGAAUUUCAUGGAAUGAUGGUCGUAAAAGAUUGAUUUUAUCUUGAAAGGCGAAUAGAAAGGGUGGUUGGCGUAGGGUGGCAGUUCUCACGCCGUGUUUGCUGAGACUGGAGGUGUUUUUGACCCGGAGGAAUCCUGCCGAGUGGGGUGAACCUCCCACUCUGACGUCGAUGAGUAACAGGUGCAGGAAUGUUCCUGGACUUCGAGUGAAGCAGAAGCGGCAGAAGCGGCAGAAGUGGAGGAUGUGAAUUCUCAGAGAGAGGAUGGAAUGCUGGCUGCUUGCUCUUUGCACGCUCCUUGCCAUGUCUACGGGGAGGCUCAGGACGUCAGGCGCUGGUGCUAACAACGUGACCAGCUGGUAUCGUGGAUGCUAUAAUUAUACAAAUUUAGCACCUUCAAAACAAAUGUUUCAGACAUCAAAAUUGAUUGAACCUGCUAUAUGUGCAAAGUAUUGUCUUCAGGAAAGCUUUGAUUUAACUGUGCUCUUAAGUGAGACUGACUGUUUCUGCAUCAAUGAAUCCAAAGCAUUCUGGACAUUAAGUAACUUCCAUUCUGCUCACAGCAAUGAUAAUUUGCUAAACAGCAACUCGUCUAGAACUGGCAACUUCACCAGCAGAGAUAAGUUCUCCAUCAGCACAGGAUGCAUCAGCAGGUGUAAUGGCUUUGUUUGUUUGUCAUAUGGAGACAAAGAAGGUAAAAUGGCUGUGUAUCAAGCAGUUGGGCCUUACAUAAGGAACCUCAGUCUCACACUCAUUGCGGACCAAGUACAAACGAAUGAACCAUUCAUGCUGGAAGUCUGUGGGUAUCUGGCUGGUCCUGUAGAAAGUGCAAACAGUGCAGGAACUCUCAUUGCAGUUAACCUAUCUUAUGCAUUGGUGAAAGUUCAUUGGGAUCGCGUAAAUUACAGCAGCCAGAAUGUUACUGUAAUCUCAAAUGGAUUUUUUUCUUACUCUCCUGUUUGGAACUAUACUGAGCCUGGAAAAUAUUUAAUAACUGUACUUGCAGACAAUCAAAUUUCUCGGGAAGAGAAAAACAUCAGCGUUGUGGUUCUGGAUCCUGCACCCACUGCACUUGAGGUGAAGCUCAUACAAAUGACGGAGCAGAUUCCAUCCUGCAUUCCAUUUGACGUUGAUGAAAUGGAUCCACUUGAGAAGGUUUUCAAAGGAGUUGCCUAUAGCUUUGAGGCCUUUGUGGCGAUGGGGAUUGAUUUGAACUUCUACUGGUACUUCAGUGAUGACAACAGCACCCAUUCUUCAACCAACCUGCAAAAUUGCAGUGAAUUUCAACAAAUGGAUUGUCUUUUGGAUACAGUGAGUCACACAUUUCAGCAUGAAGGAAUCCAUCAAGUGACUGUGAAUGUGUCAAACAGAUAUGACUGGAUACAGAAAACCAUUUAUGUGGCUGUUGUUAAGGAAUCACUCUCAAGCCUAACAUUUCAGCCAAGAAGGGGUUACCAUGUUGCUGUUGGUGAAAACCUAACAUUAGAAUUGGAACUGUUUACUACAAUUCGCCAAUUAUUAGUCUUUGACAUUACAUUUGAAACGGGAAUGACUCAUCGCCAUACACUGAGUGACCAUUCACCAGCAUUUGAAAGGCGAUCUCAUCUGCAACUGAUGGAAGACUAUGGCUUUCAGAAUUGCACUUUGCGCAUUCAGAUCUUCCAUACAUACACAUUUGUUGGUGCUUACAACAUUUCCAUUGGCCUGUAUAAUGGUCUGGAUGUUGUUAAUGCAGCACUAGCAGAGCUCAUACAGGUUUAUGAUCCCAUAACCAAAAUUGAUUUAUUUCUAUGGGAUAAAGUAUUGCCUUCAAAAACAAAUCUUACUUUUCGGGUUGUAAGUAUAGUCAGUAAGAUAGGUUCACAUUGUGUUUGGACUAUUCAGAAAGAUAACAGUACAGUAAGUAGAAGAAUGACCGCUGAUUGGCUUCUCCGGCACACAUUUUAUGCACCAGGAAUCUACGUGUUAAACGUGACAGCUUCUAAUCCGAUCAGCAAUGCUUCGUUUAGUACAACUAUUGAAGUCCAGGAUGCAGUUGAAGGCCUCUCAGUGUCCAGCUCUAGUCCCAGAUACUUACCAACGGGUUCCACAAUCAUUCUUCAUGCUCAUGUAGUCCAAGGAACCAACAUUACAUACACAUGGACUUUUACUUCAAACUCUACAAAUGUACAUACAAAUACACCUCAUGUGAUGUAUUCCUACUCAGAGCCAGGAGUUUACUUGGCCAGUGCAUCAGCAAGAAACAAGUUAAGUGAAACAACUGGAAAUGUCAUCCAGUUUACAGUGCAAGAUGUUGUGGGAGAUAUUACAACUAGCAUUCCCAAUAUAAUUACAGUCAACCAAACAGUAAUUAUCUCUAUUUGUGUGACCUCUGGUACACAUCUGACUCUUGAAAUAUUUGUAAAUGAUUCCACUGUGUUUAACACAAGCAGUUAUGUGGCAGAGAGUUCGCUGGAUUUGCCAUUUACCUUCAAUCAAAUUGGGGAAUUACAGAUGUUGCUUCAAGUCACAAACCUAAUCUCUUCAAACAAUGUUACAUUAACAACGUUGGUCGUAAAAGAAAUUCACAUUAUCUCUAUAGAAAUACAACAACAACCUAUUGUAGAAGAAGAUGUCAUUCUUAUUGCAAAGGUUAAUGAAUACUUGUGGAGAAACAGAGCAUAUAUAUACAAAUGGACUUUGUUUGACAAUCAGACUGUGACAACUGGAAGCCCGGUUAUAAUGUACAGGUGUAAAAAAGCUGGCCUUCAGAAGGUUGCUCUAUCUGUUUCCAAUCUGGCAUCAGAAACUUCGAGUGAGCUUGUGCUAAAUGUUUCCAAACAGACUCAUGGUCCGCGACUCAUUCAUUUGGCCAACACGGCAGCUGGACAGGCCGUAUUCUUUAAAUUCAAGAAUAUUUCGCUCGACGUGGAUGAAGCUGUUAUCCUGUUUGGUGAUGGGACUACAACAAACAUUUCAACUUCCAAUUGUAGUAGUUUCAGCAUCAACCACACUUACUCAUUUGCUGGAAUAUACAGUGUUGUUGCCUUCUUCAGUAAGAAUCUUGUUACACUGUCUUCAACCAUUGUAACUCAGGAUGUUAUUGAAGACCUCCGCCUUACUGGUCCAAAAUUCUUGAGCCUAUCUACAAGCCCACUUCAGCCUUCUGUUGUAAAAUGGACUGCAAAACUUACAAGUGGAUCAAACUAUAUCUUUCUGUGGCUUUACUCAGACGGCAAAAUGAAUCAUACUGUCGUAGGUCCAAACCAGUUAAUUAUGAUGAUAAAUUCAACUGGUUUAAUAACCGUGGAGGUUGCGGCCCAGAAUGAAGUGAGUCAUGCCAGAUCCAGCAUGAUCACAGUGGCUCAAUAUCCGAUCAUGAGCAUCGUUGUUACUGUGGUCCGUGUGGCUCUGAACAAGGCCAGUAAUAUCAUGCUGAAAAUAAAGCCCAAACAGGACUACAUCAUUUCAAUAGAUUAUGGCGACAGAACAAAUAACCUUUUUGAAUCACAGCAACUUAAUUCCCAAACCAGUUGCUUGGAGACCCCAUAUCAUUGCUCAAAUUUUGUUUUUCAACAUAUGUACAAAGCUGUUGGUCAAUACCUUUUGAAUGCCACAGUAUCCAAUAAUAUUAGUACUAUAGUAGCAGCAGCUGUUGCUGUUGUUGAGGAGCCCAUUACUGGUCUUCUGUUGAUUCUCAAUUCACCUAGAGUGAUCAAGUUUAAAGAUUACAUUAAUGUGACAGCAUUAGUACAAACAGGCACUGAGGUUACCUUCCAGUGGAUCAUUUCAGUACCUCAUUCGAAUCCUUUUACUUUUACGCAAGAGGGCAAUCUUAUCAGCACGAUUAAUUACCAAGCACUUGCCGGAGGCAACUACUAUGUAAAAGUAAUAGUUUCCAGUCCACUGUACAACACUCCUUUCAGCCGAUUGCUCCCAGGACUGAUAAAAGUAAGAACCCCAAUUGUGGGUUUACAAGCUUCAUUCCCCUUCAGUAGUAAUAGCGCCAAGCUUCUGCUGCAGCCAGAUGGCACCUACACCACACAAAUCCUGGGCUUCAGCGUUCAUACUUUUGCUGAAGAUGUGAAGUUUUCAUUUAAUUUUGGAGAUGGUUCACCACUACUUAUUGUCAGUGGAAGACAGAGUAGUUUUGAUGGCACAUUUGCAAACGGACGUCACAGAUUUACCAGAGAGGGUGUGUUCCACAUCACAGUGUCGGCCUUUAACGAGUUCUACAAUUCUACCAAUGAACUUGGUGCAUAUUUUGUACAAAUGGUUCCAGAAGGCUUGGUGCUUAACAUGAAUUCCAGUGUGAUUCAUAAAAACGAAAUCAUCCUUUUCAGUGCAAAGCUGACUAGAGGAACUGCUGUGACAUACAGUUGGAAUAUGGGUGAUCAGACUUCAUAUGUAGAUGAAGGUCCUGUAAUUAAACACAAGUUUUUGUCGGCUGGAAUCUACAAUGUCACAGUAAAUGCAUGGAAUAAAGUGGGAGCGGACUUGACCUACGUCAUUGUGGCUGUACUUUACAGAAUGCAACCUGUUUCUGUCUUUGCAAACAAGACAAUAUAUGCCACGUAUUCUGACAUCACGUUCACAGCUAUAACUGCAGAGGAUGAGCCACUGCAAUUUGUCUGGUAUUUUGGAGACAAACUACCAGUGAAAACUACAUCACGCAGCAUAACCACAAUAUAUUCAACACCAGGGAAGUACAACGUGAUAGUGAAUGCAUCGAACCAGAUUAGUUCAUUCACGUCAAACAUCUAUCCGAUAGAGCUGCAGCAAGCAGUUGAACCAAACAGACUUAGAAUAAACAAUCAAGAUCUUACCUCAGUUCUCUUAAACUCCAGUGUUGCUGUGGAAGUACGCAUUAACUACGGGACCAAACUCUCAUACUUGUGGAAUUUUGGUGAUGGUACCGUGAGAACUGGAAGCAGGAGGGAGUAUCACCGUUAUGAUAGUGAAGGAGAAUUUACAGUUGAAGUCGUCAUCUUUAACAAUGUGAGCUCAGCUGUAAUCUCUGGCCAGCUCUUUGUUAUUUCUGAGAAUUGUCAGCCUCCUCCAGUGAAAACCUAUGGCCCAUCUAAAAUAGAGGUUAGAAGAUACCAGUCCUUCAACCUUGGGGUUACAUUUGAGAGUGAGUUUGUCUGUAAUAUCUCAAGAGGUAUACAAUACAGUUGGUCCUUCUUUGAACAAGAUGGUUCGCUGGUCACACUGGCACAGGUUGAUGUUAAUAAACAACUUAUAAUUAUUCCAGGAUAUCUAUUGAAUUAUGGAAUCUACCUUGCAAUUGCCAGGGUUCAAAUUGUUGGCAGUGUGGUUUACAAUAACUACACUGUAAGUGUUGCAAUCCUUGCUACUCCGCCAGUGAGUGUGAUUUCAGGUGGCACACACCUCUUCAUAAGUAACAAGCAUCAAUCCAUCAUCAGUUUGAAUGGAUCAGAAUCAUAUGAUCCAGAUUACCCAGGCACUUCAGACCUAAGGUUUUUCUGGUCCUGUGAAACAGUGAGUAGCUUGGAUAUCCCUUGUUUCAGACAUAACCUGAACAAAACUUUGGACACAACUUCCAGUAUAAUCAAGGUCCCACUGUCGACCUUAAAAGCUGACAUUGACCAGUUUAUUUUCAAGUUAACAGUCAGCAGUGAUAACAGAAAUUCUUCAGAAGCGCUUCUGUUUAUAACAGUUAAGAAAGAAGAUCACUUAAGGCAAGUUCUCAAACAUCAUAGUGUUCCAAAUAUUGUUGGGAAAAUGCCUGCCAAAGCACCUUUAUCUGUGAUCUUUGUAACCCACGAUACUUUUUACAGGCUGGUAAAACUCUUUUGUGUUGACUGUGUGAAUAAUUCAGUCAAUUGGAAUGAUGCAUUUUCUCUCAAAGCUGUGUGUGAGGAAUGCACAGAAACUGUGAAUCUCUCAUAUUCUUGGAAGUUAUUCCUUGUGAAUUCAACAGAGACAGAACGUUUUGAAGUUCCCUUCUGCAGACUGGUGGUGGACAGCCUGCAGUCAAAUUUGCAUGGCCCCAUUGUGGUUAACGAUUCUCCUGCACUUGAAGCGACUACCAGCACACAAACAUCAGUGACAGCAACUAUUCACUCCAGCAUUCAAUCCACAGCCAGUCACAAAAUCAAAGGCACUCACGGAACUUGGAUUGGUCCAUUUGGUCAAAAUAAUUCUGGUAAUGUUACCAGCACCACUACAGUUUCAACUUUCCCUGUUACUCCAAUUCAUACCUCCCUAACCAACGUAACAAACAGAAUAGGAAGAAUGACUACUUUAAAGGGUCCAUUCCCCUUUCCUGUUCCCGAAGAGCAGUUAUCAGCAGGAAGACCUCAGAGAAGAAUUCCUCGAGCUGCUCAGUCAAUAGGUUCUUCACUCAUCAAUGCUUCAGAUAUCAAUGGGACUCUCAAUGCUGCUGGAAAUAAGAGCUUCUCCACAGUUUAUGAAAAAUUGAAGACCACAUCAUUGCCUGUGUCUAAUUCUCCCAAAGUGAAUGGUUCUCGCAUGGAAAGAGGUGGAUCACAACUUGAGAUCUCAGAGAGUGGAAUCAUUGAAAGAGGAGGAUCCUUUUCCGGAGGAGGAUCGAGCAGCUCAACACCAUUUCCAGGAUUGCCGGUUGUUCCAGCAACCGUCAGCAACAACACCAAUAUGACUAUUAGUGGAAGUGUCUUUGGAGAAGGUUCUUCCAACGCAACAGAGAACACCACUGAUACAACAGAAUAUGACACGCAUUAUAAUACAGUAGAAGGGACUUUCGGAUCUGGUGGGAGACCAGGAUUUCAAGGAGGUGGAUCCAGUGGGAAUAGCAUUGAUACAGGUGCCGGUGGAAAUGAAGGGUCCAAUUUUGGAUCGGAAACGGGAGGUGGUGAUGACGUACUCCCAGACAUUCCGCCUCCAAUUGCAUCCAGACCCACUCCCAUGAUCGAAUGGACUAAAGUGCAAAUUAAUAACGGGAAGUUUGAAACAUUCACCACCACAGGUACAAAAUCACAAACACUAACAUUUAAAUCUUUUGGCCUGCAAAGUAAGAAAGUUUACAUGCUAGAAGUUAUUGUUAGAGGCCAGAGAGAAACAGGAAAAGCACAACAUUUUCUUUUCACCAACGAGGCUCCUCGGGGAUUGACGUGUGAAGUGCGACCCAGCAAAGGAUUAGAGAUUCAGACAGAUUACAGUAUAUUCUGUACAUCAGGGAGGAAGGAUCUGCAUUAUGAGUAUAGCUACAGUAUUGGCAAUGCAGCUGAAACUGUUCUAUAUGAUGGAAGGGAUCAUGAAUACUAUUUUCACUUACCCGCUGGAGAACCAACUGAUGGAUACAAGUUGAAAAUCAACACUGUGAUCACUGAUCUACUCGGAUCAAAAACAAAACUGUGUUCAGUUACUCCAAUUGUUUUACCAACUAUUAAAACAAAUGAAGAACUGUACAUCCAGACGCUUCAGAAUCUUUCAACUCAAAUUUUGUUAGGUAAUCAAAAAGAAACCAAAAAUAACAUUCUGUUAUUGACCAUGGUCCUCCAUCGACUUCAUAAAAAUGGGAGUGCCAGACAAGAUUUGCAGAAACAAACUAGAAAUGCUUUAAUCACAGCUCUCUGCAAUCUACCUACAUCUAAUCAGAGAGACCUGAUGGGAACUGUCUCUGCCUUGCAAGACCUUAUUAAUGUGACAAAUGAGGUUACUUCAGAAAGUGCUCUGACUGUAACAAGAACAGUUAAGGAGAUGGUUAAACUUUUUAAUGAAUCUGGGGAUUUCAGACUGCAUGAAGAAUUAGUGAAGAAAAUGGUUCAUCUGGUUGCUGAUGUGAUGGGAGUGUCUGAUAACAGAACAGUAAAUUCAAAGAACCUGUUUCUCGACGGUCUCAAGGUGACAACUGACCUUUUAUUGCAUUAUGUGCUAAUCAGCAAUCAAUCACAGUUUUAUAUGAACACCAAUGUAAUGGAGCUCCAGACCUCUCAAAACCAUGGCUUUCUGAACACAGUGCAAAGUACACGUUCUGCCAAGUUUUUCCUUCCUGACUUUCUGGAUAAAGAGAUUGCUGCAAGAACUGGUGAAAGUAAGAGUUGCAUCAUCAGCCAUUUGAUCAGCUUCAAAAAUAAUCCAUAUGUUUGGGGAAAGUCCCCAAUGGAGAUUAAUGGUGAUGUUGCUGACCUCACACUGUAUAAUUGUACUAACAGAAGAAAAGUUGAAGUAAAAGGGCUCAGUACACCAGUUCUAAUUGAGUUUCAAAGGAAAGACUCGACUGAGCAGUUUAAGGUUCACAUCCUCAAUCGAACCCAGAUGAAUGUCCAUAUCCUGCCAGUGACACCAGCGAACCUGCAGCAGGCUCUGCAGCUUACUGUGAAUUUCAACAGAUCAAACCAGGAGGGGUUUCCCGUCAUGCUGCUCGUGAGAUCAAAUAAAGAGCCAACUCCAAGUAAAUAUAACUUAAAACAAGUCCAUCACUGGAAUGGAGAUGCAAUCCGGUUAUUUAUUCCAGCAUCAUCACUUUUGGGUACAGGAAUAUAUUAUCUUGGUCUCUUGGAUGCAAAUUAUAAUAGAAAACCAAAAAAUAGUUAUCUUGCCAACAACCUGAGUUACACUUUGCGUAUCCAGUGGACUCAAUGCUUGUACUGGGAUGAUAUCCACGAGUGGAAAUCUGAUGGCUGUUCACCCCAGCAGGAAUCAGACUCACAGAAAAUAAACUGCAGUUGCAACCACAUGACAACAUUUACAGUUGCACAUCAGCCAGUCGAAAUCCUUGAUGUCAAGUUUACUGAUAUCUUGAUAUUUAUCAGUGCUUUUGAAAGCUAUGUCACUUGCAUCACAGUUCUGUUUGCGCUUACCUUCUACAUUCUACUGGUUAUCUUGUGUAAACGUAAGGACCUUUACCUUGAGACAAAACCUGGAGUCAUUGUUUUGCAAGACAAUGCUCCCGCUGACCAGCAUCUAUAUGAAAUCACUGUUGAAACGGGCUUCAGGACAAAGGCUGGAACCACUGCCAAGGUGUACAUCAAACUUUAUGGAGAAGAUGGUGUAUCUGAAACUAGAGAGUUAUACCACCCUGAGAAGCAAUUAUUUGAGAGGAAUUCCAGAUAUACAUUUAUAAUGAGUGCUCCAGAAAGUCUUGGUCCAAUUUGGAAGGUUCAUGUUUGGCACAACAAUGGUGGUCUUUCCCCGAGCUGGUAUGUUACUUCUGUGAUUGUCAAGGACGUGCUGAAUGGUAUGUGCUGGUUCUUUCCUGCUGAAUGCUGGCUUGCCGCAGAUGAAGGGGAUGGAAAAGUGGAACGAGAACUGAACUCGCUCACCCACGGGCCUGGCUUUAAAAAGCUUCUAUACAGCAAAUUAACUGAGUAUCUGGAAGACUACCACAUGUGGGGAUCAGUAUAUUGUCGCCCAUCCUACAGCUCUUUUACACACACUCAGCGUCUCAGUAUCUGCCUUUGCCUUCUGUUGGGUUAUAUGUGUCUCAAUGCUGUGCUGACCAGCCUCAAGAAUGAGGAGUACACUGCUGAACUGGGUCUCAUUGAUGUCUCAACUGCCUCCUUGGUUACUGGCUUGAUUUCAACUGUGGCAGUUCUGCCAAUUGUAGUAUUGCUGUCAUUGCUAUUCAGAUUUAGCAAGGUGAAACUGCUGAGGGAAACUUCUGUUGAAGAGCAAUACGGGACUACAAGAGAAUCCAAUAUAUAUUCUAUUGAAGCUCAUCGGGAUGCUCUGCUAUUCUCAGACAGCACAUUUGAAUCCUUUCUGUCCUGGCAGAACCUGCAACAGUGGGCACAGGAAGCAUGGAGGAAAAAAUAUGAGCGUGGUAUGUUGGACUCUCAAGCUCCCAGCAUUCAUUCGGAACAAUACAGUGAUGCAAAUAACAAGAAGGGAGGAACUUGCUCAUCUGAAGGCAGCUCCAGUGGAUUUGAGGAUUGCAGUUCAAGAGAAAAUGUCAAGCCAACGCCAAAGAUCUCCAAACAUAGCUCCAGUGACCUACGAUCAGAUUAUUCAUCAGAACACAGCAGCUUGUUUGAACAACCUGUGGUGAAUCGAGCCAGACACUUCCUGCCAUCUUGGUGCAGUUAUCUGGCGUGGGUCAUCUGCCUUUUGAUGACCUUGGCGUUCAUGUUGAUAACAAGUCUGUUGGGAUUGCGGUUUGGACCAACCAAGUGUAUAUCGUGGUUACAUUCGUUGUUUUUUUCUCUCUUAUACUGCAUCUUUGUCAUCCAGCCUAUUGCAAUUUUUUGUACAGCAGCUGUAGUUGCACUGAAAAACAAGGAUUGCAGUGACUUUUACUUCAACUUUAUUGAUUCAAAUGCUUCAUCAGAUGUCUGCAAGCAAUGGAAUUCUGAGAGCUAUCCAAUUGAUACCCAUUAUAAUCCAUACUCUGCCCCAAUGGAUCUUGACAGGAUUGUGGCUGCACGUCAAAGGGCUCGAUAUUUACGAUUAGCUCGACCUCCAACUCCAGCACAGCUGAAAGAAGCCAAAGACCGUAUGAGAAAAGAAAACCUCAUUCAGCAGACAUUACAAGAAUUUGUGCUUUACAUUGUUAUGCUGAUACUACUGCUGUUGAUAACAUUUGGUAAAUUUUCCAAAGAUGAAUAUCGCCUCAAUCAAGCCAUCCGCAUGGAGUUUACAAGGAAUGUGAAAAAUCCUUUCAUAAAUAUUAAAUCAGCUGAUGAUUGGUGGAAUUGGAGUUUUACUACCUUGUUACAUGGGCUAUACUGGAGUACAUGGUACAACAAUGCUGCAGCCAAGAACCAGGCCGGUGCACUUUAUGGUAAGUGCUAUUUAAUUGGUGCACCAUCACUAAGGAAAAUCCAAGUCACAAGUGGAUCAACCUGCAAUAUUCCAGAAAUAUUUUCGGGGAUUGUACGAGACUGUGUAUCGCCACAUACCACUUUGGAUCACCAUUCACAGCACUCAAACUCCACAAAACCUGCAAGAAGUGAUAAGUUCAGUCAAUGUGGCCAAUUUAAUUGCGACAAAGGGAAGGGAACAAUUAUUAGCCUUGGUCAAACAUGGAAGGAGGCCUAUGCAACACUAUUGACAUUGAAGGAAGCCAAGUGGAUUGAUUGGAGCACCAGAGCAGUGAUAGUGGAAUUCACCCUCUACAAUCCCCCCACCAACCUCUUCAGCAUUGUCUCCCUGUUGGCAGAGCUUCCACCAUCAGGAGGUGUUCUUCCAAUAGUUCAUAUAGAGUCAGUCAGUAUCUACCAGGAAAAUUCUCUUCUGGACUAUUUCCUCAUGGCCUUUGAGCUUUUGUUCCUGGUCCUUAUCCUGCUUCACCUAUAUUUCCAGGUGUGCAGGAUGACUCAGCGAGGUGUUCUGAGUUACUGGAGAGAGCCAUGGAACUGGCUGGAGGUUGGACUUGUCGUAAUCAGUAUAUUUUAUUACGUGUACUAUGUGUUUUACUUCGUUUUGGCUGUGGAUAUCAUUGACCAUCUUCACAGUGGAUAUUUCAAAACGUUUGUGGAUAUGAGCUUCAUUUCUGAAUGGAUAAAGGUGAAACGUUUUCUUCAUGGUUUGCUCGUGUUCCUGCUUUUAAUAAAAAGCAUCCAUUUAUUACGUGUUAACAAGAUGAUGGCACCCUGUGUAACAAUGCUGCGGCUGUCCUAUUCUGGGCUGGCCGUACCAGUGUUCUGUGGGAUUAUAGUCAUCAUAGCUUACUCCUGCCUUGGGAAUUUGCUGUUCCUGUCAGAAUCCUAUUCAUUCAGCACUGUAGUGAGAGCUUUUCAGACAUUGCUAAUGUACUUUAUGGGGAUUGGCGAAAUGAGAACACUUUCAACGCUAUACAAGUUAAACCAGAUAUCCAUUGCAGUCUAUUAUGGAGCAUUCUCUUUUGUUAUGACCGUACUAUGGGCUGGAUUGUUUAUAGGGAUUCUCAUCUCAAUGGCAGAAGAAGCAAAGAAGUCAUCACGGAGCAAGCACUUGGUGACGUUCACUGAGGUUGCUGAUUAUGCUCGGGAAAAGAUUAUGACUUUCACUGGAAGGAACAGACACAUAGAGGCAGAUUAUGUUUCAACGCGAGGAAAUAACUUUUACCUGGAUGAAUUUGAAAACUUGAUGGAUGAAUUGUUGUUCCGACUGAAUGCACUGUCAAACAGUCUUCACUACUCUCUAGCAGAAAAGCCACAUUAUCAAUUAGCUCAUGGUUAUUACUACAACCAAGAGACUCACAGAUUUAAUGAAAAUCAUUUGGAGCAUAAAGUUUACAAACUUGAAGAACUAUUCAGGAACAAUCUGCAGAUAUAUCAACUCUUAAUUCCAGGAAAAGAACACAAUUCUGAUUCAGACAUCACAGAUAUCAAAAUGCUAAGGUCCAAGCUCGAGUUAGAGACCCUUCAUCAACUUCAAAUCUCCCAAGAAAACAUGUUUAGAACAUCUGAAAGUGCUCAGAGUGGUCGUGGAUCGACAUACCCCCAGAAGAGGGUUGAUGUAGAUUCUUCGAUUACACGAGAUGACGUUUCAUUCACUGAUGACAGAGCUGUAAAUAUUGUUCCCUGCAGUGUUUCAGAUCCACCAGAAACAUUCUGCAAUUCCGACUCUUGCACUGUGUCCACCCAGAAUGAAUCUCCACAACCAGUGGACUCCUUAAGUGCUGAACAUUAUAAUCUUGCAAAACUAGGAGAUACGCUGCCCCAUGUCUUGUGUGGAAUUAAAUGUCCAGAGAAGCAGGCGGCACAGACACGGAUGCUGGAGAGUAGACUGACUGGUCAGCAACGUAGCUCCUCAGCCUGCACCUCAGGAAAGAACCGUAAACAGCUUAAACGCUCACACACAACAGUUAUUCAGAUCCUCGACAACACCAAGGACUUAUCAGUUAAAGCGAUUAAAGUCUCGCAGCAAACUACUUCAGGCAAGUGCCUUGGAAACCAAAUUGUCCACCCAAGCACUGAACACCAAUCUCCAUCUGAGCAAAACAAUAUGUCAGAAAGACAUGCUCGAAUAUCAGAGAAUUCUGAAAGUUCAAUCCAGUCUUCAGGAAGCAAAGGUGAACAAGAUGAAAUUGUAGGUAUGCCCGAUCUUCCGGGAUGCGUAAAGCAGUGUUGGUGAUUAUUCAUAAAAUAGAGAGAAGCUCAUCCACCUUUGUAUUCAAUUUCCCUUUCGAUUCAAGUAAUUCUAUUGGCAAAUUUGUUCUUGUUUUUUUUAUUUUCCAUAUUUAAUCAAAGCAUAUGUAAUAUAUUAGUGAUUUUGUUUGAAAUUCUAAAUUCUAUUGCAGUCCUCAAAAGGCUAAUGAUUUUGUUAAUAUAAACCAUAAUACUGAGCCCUACUUUAAAAAUUAACAUUUCUUUCUUUUUGAGUGUUGCAAUCAUUGUUUUUGGAUGGAGGAAUGCAAAUUGGAGACAUCAGUCAUUGGUCUUUGGUGCUAAACAGAUUUAGAUUAUCAGCCGCUGGCUGUUGUUUCGUUUGAAAUCAAAGGAACUAAACAUGAUAAGUAAGUAGUUAAGAGUUUAAGAAGGAACUGCAGAUGCUGGAAAAUCGAAGGUACACAAAAAAGCUGGAGAAACUCAGCGGGUGCAGCAGCAUCUAUGGAGCGAAGGAAAUAGGCAACGUUUUGGCUGGAAUCCUUCUUCAGACUCAGUAAGUGGAACUGGUUGGAGAUGCUCAGACUCCUGAUUAGUGUGAAGGAAGAGAGAUAAAUCCAUUUCUCUUGCUCAAUCAACUCCACACAAUGUACAAUAUCAAUUCUUUACAAUGUUUUUUUUCCCCAGGAUUUCACUCCAGAAAUAUUCUCUGUUAUGUUCUACAGUGGUUAGCUGGAGAGAGAAAAUAGGAGCAUGAGUAGGCCAUUCAUUUCUAAGAAUGAAUGAAUAAUUAAAUAAGUUUAUAAGUUUAUUGGCCAGGUAUGUACACAUACAAGGAAUUUGCCUUGGUGCUCCGCUUGCAAGUAACAACACAACAUACAGUAACAAUUAAGAAUGACACAUAAAACAUUAAUAAUAUAGUUUAUGGGCUUCCACUACCAUUCAACACGAUCAUGAAUGAAUUUUCUUCCUGCUAUUUUGCUCCUAUGUGUUCAUGCUGAAUGCCUCUGCUUUCCUGGACUUUCGACAUCAAUCAGAGCCUUUCACUGCUCUACUCAAAGCACUCAAACUUUCUACCAUCUCCAAGUACUUUUUGAUGUGUGGGGAAUGGAAUGGUAUAGAUCAUGUGCAGGCAGAUGAGAUUUGUUUAUCUUGGCAUCAUGUGGCUAGCAGACAUUGUGGGCUGAAGGGCCUGUUCCUGUGCUGUACUCUUCCAUAUUCCAUCUUCCAUAUUCUACUCAAGUAGAAUUAAUGCAGCAAUUUCUUGCUCCGUCAUCACUUAUUAGCUUCAGCCAGUGAUCUUUUAAUUCAGUAAGAAGCAACCCGUACCAUUCCACACAUCAGAUUUACCCUCAGUGAAGCAGUCAUUGCCUUCACCUGGGAUUUCCAUUCCAGUAUUUCAUGGCAUCAUCUGACAAUAUUUUAGUCAUCUUCCCAGGUCACCAUAUUCUACCUGAAAUAACUUUGAAUUAUCACCUACCUGGUCACAGUCUUACCAUUUAUUUUGCCCGUGGCCCUCUACUUUCCCCACAAAGAACCACCCACAUAGAUCUUCUUGGACUGCUGAGCGAGUUGGGCUGAAGGGCCUGUUCCCAUUAUGUAUUUAAACUAGAAAUUAGACAAAUAUAGAUUGCACCCACAAAUAGCACUAACAAUCCCGAUACAUCCAAUAAAAAUUCAAUUUAAUGUGAUCGAUUUAAUGGGAAAUGCGGCCCAUGUGAGUUUAAUGGAAGCGGACUCUGAUGAUUGUGUAAGGAACGGGAAUGGGGCCAGGUAACCUAGAAAAUAGAAAAAUAGGUGCAGGAGUAGGACAUUCGGCCCUUCAAGCCAGCACCAUCAUUCAAUAUGAUCGUGGCUGGUCAUCUAAAAUCAGUACCCCGUUCCUGCUAUUUUACCAUAUCCCUUUAUUCCUUUAGCCCUAAGAGCUAAAUCUAAAGGGCCUGUCCCACUUUCCCAAGUUAUUCACGAAUUCUCCCGAGUUUUCAAACUCGCAGAAUGUUCGUGACGAGUCCGUCGGAGUCUGUGGAUAUAUCGUAGUGGCUCGUUAUGUCAGCCGUCGGUACUCUGGGCAUCAGGUAAGUCGGGACGUUUUUUCAGCAUGAUGAAAAAUGUCCACGAGUAAAAAAAAGCCCCGAGUACCUACGGCUGGCAUAACGAGUCGCUACGAUAUAUCCACGGACUCGUUACGAACAUUCUGCGCCUUUGAAAACUCUGGAGAAUUUGUGAAUAACUCAGGAGAAUGAAUAACUUGGGAAAGUGGGACAGGCCCUUAACUCUCUUUUGAAAACAUCCAGUGAAUUGGAUUCCACUGACUUCUGUGGCAGAGAAUUCCACAGAUUCACAACUCUCUGGGUGAAAAUCUUAAAUGCCUAUCCCUUAUUUUUAAUCUGUGAUCCCUGGUUCUUGACUCCCCCAACAUCAAGAACAUUUUUCCUGUAUCUAGCCUGUCCUAACCUUUAAGAAUUUUAAGGAACUCAAAUCCUUGAAACUCAAUAACUUGAUAAGGAAUGGUAAAAGGAGUUGAAAAGGAACGCGGGCAUGAGGUCAGAGUGAGAUUAAAAUGCACACCUUGGAUAUCACCUGGAGACCAAGAUGCUAAAUAUUUGGGAUUUCUGAACAAUCAGGCAGUGGAUUAUUGCAGUUUUACAGCUGAAAAUCCAAAUUCAAUCAUAAUAAAGUGAAAAAAACAAUUCAAAAGGACAUUAAUGCCACAUAAUAAGAAUGAAGGCAGCAAAUUUUAUCAUUGAAUGUUUACAUUGUUUAUGUAGUGUUAACUUUAUUACUUAAAAGAGAUUUGGAUGUUAAUUAAAAUGUUUUGCAAAGAGUAUUGGAUAUUUUACACAAAAUGAAUAUUGUGGAAAAUAAAGAGGGGAUUCACACAAAAAUAUGACCUUUACACAAUUUGCUCAUUGUAAUAUUUUGUUGAUUCUGUAAAUAACUGACUUUAGGUGCUUGAGAUGGUGUUCAAAUAAGUAUGUAAACAAUUUGUACAUAUUGGAUUGUAAAAUAUAUACAAACGUUCAUUUUUUGUGUUAUGGUAUAGUUAUGGGCUUAACUAUUUUAGAGAGGGAGCAAACAUUUUUUUACCAGUAUUUGGACAUAUGAGCUUCUUCCGUUGGAGGAAAUGUUACUUAUACAUUGUUCUUUUGUAACAAGUUUAAAAAGUC